AUGGCAGCGCCGUCGUCAUGGAAGUGGUUGCACUUUCAUACUCGUUACCGGAAUACACCGUCUCGCACUCAUCGAUGUCGUCCCGACCCACCCGGGAGAGGCGACGACGUUCGUGACCACUCGGUAAUCAUCGCCAUGAGCGACGAGGAAGAUGUUAGGUUUUCGUUGACGCGGGGGAUGGACAUAUGGUCCAAUCCCACCACCACCAACGACAACCGUCCCACACCACCAACGACAACAGUCCCACCUCCACCAACGACAACAGUCCCACCUCCACCAACGACAACGGUCGCACCGAUUGAAGAUUGCAACUUUGUUUGCCCUCAAGUUGAAGGAAUGUAUGCUCAUCCUCGUGACUGCUCCAAAUUUGUAACUUGUGCCCAUUCACAGCCAGCCAUUCUUAGUUGUCCAUCAACCCUUGUUUUCAAUGCUGCUAAGAAGGUCUGCGACUGGCCUGAGAAUGUACAGUGCACUUCUGCAUCUGAUGCUGAAUGUGCUCUUACAAAUGUGGGGACAGUCACUGAUGACCCAGUAACUGAAGGUAAUAAUGGAGAUAACACCGAAGAUUGCAACUUUGUUUGCCCUGAAGUUGAAGGAAUGUAUUCUCAUCCUCGUGACUGCUCCAAAUUUGUAACUUGUGCCCAUUCACAGCCAGCCAUUCUUAGUUGUCCAUCAACCCUUGUUUUCAAUGCUGCUAAGAAGGUCUGCGACUGGCCUGAGAAUGUACAGUGCACUUCUGCAUCUGAUGCUGAAUGUGCUCUUACAAAUGUGGGGACAGUCACUGAUGACCCAGUAACUGAAGGUAAUAAUGGAGAUAACACCGAAGAUUGCAACUUUGUUUGCCCUGAAGUUGAAGGAAUGUAUGCUCAUCCUCGUGACUGCUCCAAAUUUGUAACUUGUGUCCAUUCACAGCCAAUUACUCUAAGCUGUCCUUCAACCCUCGUUUUCAAUGCUGCUAAAAAGAUCUGCGACUGGUCUGAGAAUGUACAGUGCACUUCUGCAUCUGAUGCUGAAUGUGUUCUUACAAAUGUGGGGACAGUCACAGAUGCCCCAGUAACAACUGCCCCUCUGACAACUGCUGCCGCUCUGACAACUUCCUCUGGCGAAUGUAACUUCAUAUGCCCAGGGAAAGGACUGUAUCCUCAUCCACGCAAAUGCUCUGAGUAUGUUUCUUGUGACAACUCAGUGGCCCAUGUUCUUCAAUGCCCAGCUGGUCUUCAUUACAAUCCAACAAGCAAGAACUGUGACUGGCCUCAGAAUGGAGCUUGCAGUGACAAUGAGGAAGCAUCCUGCACUUUGUAUAAUCCUAGAGCUCCAAGAACGCUCCCGAAUCCAAACGAGCAAAUUUGUGACUGCGAGUAUUGUCUGAAGCCUCAUCCAAAUGACUGUACAUCAUAUUAUUAUUGUGCACCUGGAGCCGAUGCACAGUUCCAUGCCUGUUCAGAGGGUCUAGUGUUCCACCCGGAAUUCAAGCAAUGUGUCCUACAAACUCAGUACCCUCAAUGCCAGCCAGAAGUGCCACCAACAUGUGACCCAACUUGCGAGUGUCUUUACCCAUCUGAAAUCUGUUCAGAGUAUUUCAAAUGUACCACACAAGGAAUACCCAUCAAGUACGAAUGCACUGGAGGCCUUCUCUUCAACGACAAUACCUAUAGGUGUGACCUUCCUCAGAAUGUACAGUGUUCUGAAACUCGUCUCAAGAGAAGCCUCACCUACGACGAUGCUCCUCAACAGUAUGUGAUAGCUGAAGAAUGCAAGCAGCUGGAGGGUAAAUUCGCAGUGGAAGGCAACGCCAGCGCUUACUACCUUUGCUCUCACGGUACUGCUCACCUCAUGCGCUGUCCCGACCUCGCUGUAUUCAGUUCCGCCGCUCAGGACUGUAUCUUCAUGAAGUAG